UUGAACAGAGAGCUAGUUCAACCAGAUACUGUACGGCUUCUAACAGAAAGAACAAGUGACACUGAAUCAGAGCCGAGUGGAAAUUUACUGCUGCUCUGUGCCAUCGAUUUUGUGAGUCUCUGGCCUGAUACCAGAGCUGGAAGGGAAGCUGAUAGCAGGCAUCUUGAAACCAUGUCAUUUUGCAGGGAUCUACUGUUAUUCUGAGAGCCCUUCUAAGGAAUGAGCUCCAGGGAUAUCAUUUUAUCUGCAUACUUGCUAGCAAUCUGCUUUCAGUAACUCAUUGCAACUGGAGGAUUUCUCAGAUAUAGUCAGCUGAGACAGAAGACAAAACAUGAAGAAAAUGCCAUUGUUCAGCAAGUCACAUAAAAAUCCGGCUGAGAUUGUUAAAACUCUGAAGGACAACAUGGCCCUGCUGGAAAGGCAGGACAAAAAAACUGAAAAGGCCUCUGAAGAAGUGUCUAAAUCUCUUCAAGCUACAAAAGAGAUUUUGUGUGGGACAGGGGACAAAGAACCUCAGACAGAGACGGUGGCUCAGCUCGCACAAGAACUGUACAACAGUGGCUUGUUGGUUACUUUAAUAGCCAACUUGCAUCUCAUAGAUUUUGAGGGCAAGAAAGAUGUAUCUCAGAUAUUCAACAACAUCCUGAGAAGACAGAUUGGCACUCGGAGUCCCACUGUGGAGUAUAUCAGUUCCCAUCAACAUAUUCUUUUUAUACUACUCAAAGAGUAUGAAUCCCCACAAGUUGCACUGCAUUGUGGGAUUAUGCUGCGAGAAUGCGUCCGUCACGAGCCCCUUGCCAAAGUCGUUCUUUACUCAGAGCAGUUCGGGGACUUCUUUAAGUAUGUGGAAAUGUCAACAUUCGACAUAGCUUCCGAUGCCUUUGCUACAUUUAAGGACCUGCUGACAAGACACAAAUUGAUGGUAUCAGAAUUUCUAGAGCAGAAUUACGACAGAAUAUUUAACGAAUAUGAAAAGCUUCUUCACUCCGAGAACUACGUGACGAAGAGACAGUCCCUUAAGCUGCUGGGCGAGCUGAUCCUGGACCGACACAACUUUUCCAUUAUGACGAAAUACAUAAGCAAGCCUGAAAAUCUGAAGCUCAUGAUGAAUCUGCUCCGUGAUAAGAGCCCAAACAUUCAGUUUGAAGCAUUCCAUGUGUUUAAGGUUUUUGUAGCAAAUCCAAACAAAACUCAGCCAAUCGUAGAUAUCCUGUUAAAAAACCAAACCAAGUUAAUCGACUUCCUGAGCAGCUUUCAGAAGGAGCGAACAGACGACGAACAAUUCACCGACGAGAAGAACUACUUAAUCAAACAGAUACGAGACUUAAAAAAGCCAACGCCAUGAGGAUUUCCUUUGCUUCUCCCCUUGACAAGUACCGGAGAGCAUUAAAUUGGGCGUUUUAAAGGCGUUGUCAUGGCAUUGUCUGUGCCUAUGUUUUUUUCUUUCUACUUAGUUUAUUAGCUGCCAAGAGUAUACAUGUUUUAUAUUAAAACUUCCAAAAAAAAAAAAAAAGACCAGCUUAAAAAAAAAAAAAAAAAAAAAGAAAGAAAAAUCCUUCUUAUUCAGGUCUGGGAGAAUGGGAAAAUUUAAAGUUGGGUAUAUGAGAAGCUUAAAGAUAUAUUUCAUUUUCCUCCUCGCACUGUAGGGAGCCCUGCUGAUAGAUCUCAUUUCAUUUGCUUCAUUAUUUAACUCAUUUCACCUUUGCAGUUCAAUGCACCAAGGAAGUCAUUAGAGCAGUAAGUAAGAAACGCCCUGAACUCGCCAUUUUUCUUCCCUUAUAGCAAUGGCUUUCCAUUGUGCUGCGAAAAUACAUAUAAGCUUAGCGGCAGGCCUUUCCUUUCUAGCUCAAUAAAUCUAUUACUGUAGUGCAGACGGUUAUCAUUUAAUGGUACUUUAUGCUUAUUAUCCUUUAAUGUUUUAUUUAAUAAAAGAUCUUUAGUUGA